AUGCCGACUCUCGCUGUCAACGAUUUCAACAUCGUUGUCAGCGUCCUCGGAGGAUGGGUGUCGCUCUUUGGCCUCGUGUCAUACCUCUGCAAAGAAAACUUCUAUCUAUCUGAAGCACUGAUUUCCCUGCUCGCGGGCGUCAUUUUCUCGCCUGCAGCCGCCAACUUUGUUCGGCCUCUAGACUAUGCAGGCUCCGAGGAAAACCUCAACGCGGUCACGCUGUACUUCUCGCGCCUGGUCCUUGGCGUCCAGCUUGUCCUGGCCGGGGUACAGCUCCCCAGUCGCUACCUGAAGCAUGAGUGGAGGCCACUGUCUGUCCUCCUAGGGCCCAUCAUGACCAUGAUGUGGCUCGCCACCAGCCUCCUGGUCUGGGCCCUCGUGCCGCACAUGGACAUCCUUCACGCUCUCGUCAUCGGCUCAUGCGUCACACCGACCGAUCCAGUGUUGUCCAACGUCAUCGUGAAGGGCAAGUUUGCCGAUCACAACGUGCCCAAGGACCUGCAGCAGAUCAUCAUCGCCGAGUCGGGCGCCAACGAUGGUCUGGGGUACCCGUUCCUCUUCCUCGCCCUGUACCUCAUCAAGUACAUUGGCGAUGGCGGAGCGACGCAGCCUGGCGGUGCCCGCACGGCCAUGGGCAUGUGGUUCGGUGAGACUUGGGGCUACACCAUUCUGCUCAGCGUCGUCUACGGUGCCGUCGUCGGCUGGGUUGCCAAAGAGCUCCUCCACUGGGCCGAGCAGCGCAAGUUUGUCGACCGCGAGAGCUUCCUCGUCUUUGCCCUCUCGCUCGCUCUCUUUAUCACCGGGACUUGCGGGCUCAUUGGCAGCGAUGACGUUCUCGCCUGCUUCAUUGCCGGCAACGCCUUCACCUGGGACGACUGGUUCCGCCUGCAGACGCUCGACGAUUCGCUGCAGCCGACCAUUGACAUGCUCCUCAACGUCGCCAUUUUCAUGUGGUUCGGCGCCGUCUGCCCCUGGUCCGAGUUCUUGAACAAUGACGUCGUGCCGCUGUACCGCCUCGUCAUCCUGGGCGUCCUGGUCCUGCUGUUCCGGCGCCUUCCCUGGCUCUUGGCGGUCAAGGGGUUCAUCCCGCAGCUGCGCGACAUCCGGCAGGCCAUCUUCAUGGGCUUCUUUGGGCCUGUCGGCGUGUCCGCCAUCUUCUAUCUGUACAUCACUCUGGAGUUUCUCGAGACACUGAACGUUGAUGGGGCACCCAGAUCGGACGUUGCGCACCUUGGAGAGGCCGUCAAGGUCGUGGUGUGGUUCAUUGCAAUCUGUAGCAUUGUUGUGCAUGGUCUGAGCAUCCCAGUAGGAAAACUAGGCUUGUACCUUCCGCGGACCUUGUCCAGAGGCCAACAGUCAGCAUCCGACAGCGACGCCCCCUUUCCGCCCUUCGAUAUCGGUAGUCGCGUGAGCACGCUGACUCUGAGGCGGGGAGGGAAUGUGAUGCGAUCUCCGACCGACACGCCUAGGGACUCUAUCGCGAACACCAGCGCUCGCCCGAUCUAUAGGAUUGGCGGCUCGAUCGUUCCGCCGAGGGACUCUACUCUUGCUCUGUCCCCAGAAUCACGCCUUCGAGAGCAGGAUGUUGAGCGCGACGCCGAUGACAAUGGACCAAAGCCGAGCACUUCGCAGCCGGUCACGCCGAGUGUGGCGACGAGAACGAUACGGUUUCCCGACGAGCUUCAUCCCGCGGCCCGUGAUGACCAAUGA